AUGGGUUAUGAACUUUUUGAUGUUUACCACGUGGAAAGGGCAAAGAAAAGAAGGAAAAGUGGAGACAAGGGCGCAUAUGAGAAUGACUCAGAACAACAUGCUGCCAUUGAUCCCAUUGGAUCAGAUUCAGAUGAUUCAGGUCAUUCAGGUACGGGAUUCGAUCUAAAUCAGGCUGCAGGGCAGGCUGCUGGUGCACCACAUGGAGGUGCAGAAAUGGUUGAAAUGAUUGAUGAUUCAUGUCCAGAGUUCUUUCAGUUGCCCGAUCCAGAGUUCAAUGAUUUCGACAAGGGUAGAGAAGAGAGCUGUUUUGCAGCUAAUCAGUUCUGGGCUUGUUAUGAUGAUGUAGAUGGCAUGCCAAGAUUUUGCGCUCAGAUCAAGAAGGUACACUCUCCUGGAUUUAAAAUACUCAUCAAUUGGCUAGAGCCUGAUCCAGAUGAUCCACAUCAGAUUGAUUGGGCAGAGCAGUUCCCUGUUGUAUGUGGCCUCAGAAAUCCAGAGGUUAUUCUGAGUCGCCUUACAUUCUCCCAUCAAGUGCUUUGUAAUCAUAAGAAAUACAAAUAUGAAAUAGUGCAGAAUGUUUCUGAUUUCGUGGAGGGUGCUGGCAUCAGAGUUGCAUUUUUAGGAGAAAGUAAGAGGUUUUGCAAGCUUGUUUCAGCAAAGAAGCCGAAAUCUGGCUCAAUUUCUGUUUAUACCGUCCAGUGA